AAUUCUAAAUUUUCUUUUUCCACGCAAAAAUUUUAAAUUAGUACGUUUAAGAAUCUUCGGAAGCAGCGGACGUCAAUUUAUAAUUUUUUUUUCUAAAUUUAAAUUAUUUUCUUCUUCCAAAAGUGAAUUUCCAGAACAAAAAGCGAUACGUGUUUAUCCAUUUGCGUGGCACGUCAUGAUUAAUGGGGGACAGAGUAUCUAAGAGACGAACGGCGGGGUAAGCGAAGGAGAGAUCGGAAUGGACGGCCCUCCAGGCGGCGAUGUGUGUUCAGUUUGCCAUGGCAACUUCGACACUCCUUGUCAGGCCGAUUGCUCUCACUGGUUUUGCGGAGAGAUAUGGUUUUCUUUUUAAUCUGAUCAGUUGUCCCUGAUCUUAAUAAUCAAAAGUGGAUCUCCUGUUAGCCAGUUUUCUCAAGACACCUGCUGCAAAUUUGGGCAAAGUCAUGCGAUCAGUUCUUGCUUACCAUGUUAUUAUGUGCAGAAGAUACUUUAUAGUGUAUGCCACCAUCUUAUUCUCGUUUCAUCCCAAGAGGCCUUUCUAUAUCUCAAAUCCAGAGAUUCAUACCUAAAAGCUGGAAGGAAGGAACGAAACAAUUUGGGAAAUCAUCUGCUUUAUGUAUUUCGGAAACAGGUUCAGCUGUUGAUGAUUCUAUGAUAGAUUCUCUUCUUACAUCCAUCAAUAAUUAUGCAAGCCAAGGAAAUUUAUCAAAAGCAUUCAAAACUAUCUCUCUUGUCCAGCUCCAUGCCUCUUCUCCUACUUGUGACCUUAUCUUACAUUCCAUCUCUUCUGUUAUCUUAUCUUGUGCCAACCAUAAAUCAUUACCACAGGGUGAACAACUUCAUGCACAUAUUGUUAGAUUGGGGUUUGAACGACACCCCAUUUUGGUUCCCAAGCUGGUUACAUUUUACUCAAGCUUUAAUCUCCAUGCUGAGGCUCGUAUCAUUCUUGAGAAUUCAAAUAUAUUGCAUCCUCUACCUUGGAAUCUGCUCAUCUCUUCAUAUGUUAAAAAUGAACUUUUGGAUGAUGCUCUCUCUACAUAUAAACAAAUGGUCAACAAGGGGAUUAGGCCAGAUUGUUUCACUUACCCAUCUGUUCUCAAGGCUUGCGGUGAAAAAUUGGAUAUAAGUUUUGGCAGGGAGGUGCAUAAGUCCAUUGAUGCUCGUUGUCAGGAGUGGAAUUUAUUUGUGCAUAAUUCAUUGGUCUCCAUGUAUGGGAAAUUUGGGCUUCUCGACGUUGCUCGUCACUUAUUCGACAAAAUGCCCACAAGGGAUUCAAUUUCUUGGAAUGCAAUGAUCUCUGGUUAUGCCUCCAAGGGCAUGUGGACGGAUGCAUUUGAGCUGUUUGGAAACAUGCAGAUGGAGGGUAUUGGAGUUAAUAUCUUACUUUGGAAUACCAUUGCUGGUGGGUGCUUGAGGACAGGUAAUUUCAGGGGCGCUCUUGAGUUGCUUUCUCAAAUGAUAAGUUGUGGUAUUUUAUUGGACUCGGUAGCAUUGACGAUUGGUUUGAGUGCUUGUUCCCACAAUGGAGCCAUUAAAUUAGGGAAGGAAAUUCAUGGUUUUUCGAUUCGUAGUGGUUGUGAUGGGUAUAAUAAUGUUAAUAAUGCAUUGAUUACAUUGUAUUCUAGGUGCAAAGACCUUAGGAAAGCCUAUACUUUGUUUGAAUUGAUAGAAGAUAGGAGUAUAAUUACUUGGAACUCCAUGCUUUCUGGUUAUUCUCACAUGGAUCGAGCUGAGGAAGCUUCAUUCUUAUUUAGGGAGAUGUUGUGUUCAGGAAUUGAACCUAACUAUGUUACUAUUGCCAGCAUCCUUCCUCUCUGUGCUCGGGUCGCAAACCUUCAACAUGGGAAGGAGUUCCACUGCUACAUUACAAAACGUGUAGUGUUUGAUGAUUGUUUAUUGCUACGGAAUGCCCUUGUGGACAUGUAUGCCAGAUCGGGCAAGGUUUUACAGGCGAGAAGAGUAUUUGAUUCAAUGUCGAAGAAGGAUGAAGUAACUUAUACUUGCAUGAUUGUGGGAUAUGGAGUCCAGGGUGAAGGAAAAGCUGCACUGAAGUUAUUUGAAGAGAUGAACUUGUUACACAUAAAACCAGAUCAUGUAACUAUGGUUUCAAUUUUAUCAGCUUGUAGCCAUUCCGGUCUAGUAAUCCAAGGCCAAAUGCUAUUUGAAAAGAUGCUGAGUGUAUACGGUAUAACUCCCGAUUUGGAGCACUAUGCCUGCAUGGUCGAUCUCCUUGGGAGGGCCGGUCUACUAAACAAAGCAAAGAAGAUUAUCACAAGGAUGCCUUACAAGCCAACUUCUGCUAUGUGGGCUACACUUAUUGGAGCAUGUCGGAUCCAUGGAAAUAUGGAGAUCGGGGAAUGGGCAGCCGGGAAGCUGUUAGAAAUGAGACCGGAAAAUUCUGGUUACUAUGUGUUAAUUGCUAACAUGUAUGCUGCUGCUGGUUGUUGGAACAACCUAGCGAGAGUGAGGACUUUCAUGAGGGACUUGGGUGUGAGGAAGGAUCCUGGCUGUGCUUGGGUUGAUGUGGGCGAUGGAUUUUCACCCUUUUUGGUGGGGGACACAACAAAUCGGCUGAGAGAUGAAAUUUACCUUUUGUUGGAUGGCUUAACGGAGUUAAUGAAAGAUACUGAUUCCGUUGUCAAUGGGGAUAUAAGUUCAGGUUAUGAUGUUUUUGAGGAUUAGAAUAGAAGGAAGCUGAUUAUACGAAAAGGAUUGCUAACACAAUGUCAUGUAAAUUGAUUUCAAUUCUGUAAUCUUGAGAAACACUUGCAGAUCCAUGGGUUUUUUUACCAAUUUUGAAGUGAAAAUAUUCUGCUAAUAUGGUGCAGGAUAGAGUGUCAUGAAGAAUGCUUGAGUUGUCCCACUUGAACUUAUCACAUGAUUCACAUCUAAAGGUUGAUGCCGGGCGCAGUUGUUUUCAGAUUUUAUCUUCUUUCUGUGCUUUUGACAUUUCAGUUUUGUAGUGCAUAUGACUGAUUUGACAUAAUUUUGCUAAUUCCAGAGAAGUUGCACCUUUGUGAACUGACAACAUUAUUUCUUUUCUGAGUACAGAGACACCAAUAGUAAUUUUCCUAGAAUAUGAUUUUUACUUAUUUUAGUAAAGUUUUUCUAAUGCAGACUACGAUAUCAUGUUUUUCGGUUUUCUAAUGGCAUCUCAUUCUCUAUUGACUCAAAACUCAAGUAUUAGCGGCAUUCAACACUUCUGUUUGUUUGUAGGGAUCGGUUACUUUUGUGUCAAAGGGAAACUGCUGGCGUUAUUUUCCUUUUACAUGCACCUGGUGGUGAGAGCAACUUCACAGCUUUGUUUUGAUUUUCUUGGAUUGCCCUUUUGAUUGUUUGGUAGGCAAGACUAUGAUGCCGAAGUAGGGCGAAUGAAGUGAAACAGAUGAGUUUUGGCAAGAUUUUGGAGAAAAUGAAGACAGUGGGUCAGUGUAAAUUACCUUUGGUUGAUAUUGGUGGGGGGUUUAUCAUGAUGCGUGUUGUUGGACAGCCAGCUAUGGAAAAAGCUAAAACAGGUAAUGUUUCUGUUAGGAACUUAGUCUCGGAUUUUGUAUAAGAAUCUGCUGGGGUUGGGUGGCUGAAGGCAGAACAUAUUAAAUUUGGCCUUUAGUGUGCUUAAACCGGCAGGGAUGAUCAGAAUUGAUGUUUUUAGUUAUUAAAACGUGCUAUUUAUACUGUAAACUACACCAAGGGAACGGGGGAUGGUUAGAACUUUGAAUCCGGGAUGCAGUGGGGCUAAGAGAAAUAUCCUCCCCACCGGGCCAAUCAACCACUCACAGAAUUGUUGUUAAAAUACCUCUGCUAAAAAUAGAUAAAUUUUCAAUUAUUGAU